GCUGAUGUUGACACGAAAGGUGGGGUCAUUCAGACUAUAAAAAACAUGUGGACACGUUCCUCCGAUCUUACAUUUCAUCCUCAUUUAGUACAUCUCGUUAAGUUCGUCUUAACAAACCAAUAUAACAUUUUGAAUGCAUCCGUUUUUAACUCUCAAAGACUGUGGUGGAAAAUCCAACAAUGCAGACCAUGGACAUUGAUGAUGACACGUCUCCCAACAAGCCCAGUGUUACAUUUUCAGAUAAUUUUCAGUGGUGGAAGAGACCCUCUGGAGUUGCUGCAGUGUGUCUGGGGCUGCUGUGUGUUCUCCUAUUGGCUGGGAUCAUAGGCCUGUCUGUCUACUAUGGUGUCAUUGAUCAUCACUGCUCAACAGAGAGAGACCAACAGGACAGUUACACCCUUCUGACUAAAGAAGGAGAUCAGCAACCAACCAGUUAUAAUAACUUGACAAAAGAGGGAGACCAGCUACAGAGCAGUUACAACACCUUGACUAAAGAGAGAGACCAGCUACAGAACAGUUACAACACCCUGACUAAAGAGAGAGACCAGCUACAUAAUAGUCUCACCACAAGGACCAAAGACAGGGACCAGCAGCAAAAUAGUCUUAAAGUUAUGACUGCUGAAAGGGAGCAAUUACAGAAUAGUCUUAACUCAAGGACCAAAGAGAGAGACCAGUUGCAGAAUAGUCUAAAUAUCAGGACCACAGAGAAAAAUCUGCUACAGAAUAGUCUCACAACCAAAACCAAGGAGAAGGAACAGUUGCAGAAUAUUCUCACCACAAUAACUCGGGAGAGAGACCAGUUGCAGAAUAGUCUAAAUACCAGGACUACAGAGAGAGACCAGUUGCAGAAUAGUCUAAAUACCAGGACAACAGAGAAAAAACAGCUACAGAAUAGUCUCACAACCAAAACUAAGGCGAAAGACCAGUUGCAGAAUACUCUCACCACAAUAGCUCGGGAGAGAGACCAGUUGCAGAAUAAUCUAAAUACCAGGACCACAGAGAAAGACCAGUUACAGAACAGUCUAAAUACCAGGACCACUGAGAGAGACCAGUUACAGAACAGUCUAAAUACCAGGACCACUGAGAGAGACCAGUUACAGAACAGUCUAAAUACCAGGACCACUGAGAGAGACCAGUUACAGAACAGUCUAAAUACCACGGCCUCUGAGAGAGACCAGCUACAGAACAGGCUUAGGUUCUAUCAGAAACCCUGUCUGGACGGAUGGUGGAAGUUUGGCACCAGCUGUUACUUUGUCUCCUCCACGAUGGACACAGGCGGGGGAGGUCAGAAGGCGUGCAGAGCAAUGGGUGCAGAUGAUGUUAUUAUAAACAGCAGAGAAGAACAGAUAUUUAUCCAUGGAUUUAAGAAGAAUGUCUGGAUUGGUGCACUUAAAAAAGAUGGAAUCUGGCAGUGGGUUGACAACACACCAUUUAAACCUACCUAUUGGAUGGAAGGGGAACCAAAUAACUUGAAUGACAAGGUGACUUGUGUUGAGAUCUCACAGACGGCAUCAGACCCACUGAAGAGUUGGAAGGCUGCAACAUGUACUUCAAGUUACUGGGUGUGUGAAAAACCAUUCACACCGUAGUCUAAUUAUAAUAGCUAAUGUAUGCCCAUAUCUUAUGGAGUUGAACUGGUUUUCACUGUGUUAGGCUGAACCUGUUUUUGUUUCUAUUUGUAACUACAUUGAAAGAUGUAUUCAUGUCUGUUACGGGAAUUUUCGAAUCCCAAUGCUAUUAAUUACCAAUCAAUAAGCCUUGACUAAUCCCCAAGUUUUGUAAGACACUGGGUUAAUAAUAAUUAGGCAAGGACUCAGCUUUCUGCAAAAGGUCUUGUGCAGUUUAUUCAGAGAACGUUCUGCCGUCUAUUUUACAGAACAUCAUUAUAUACCAGGCUCCUCACUUACGUACACACAUUACACACUAACAUCAAGAGUUAAUUGUCCUCUUCCUCAGAACUCUCAAAACCGUAACUCCUGAUCCUGCCGACAUUUUUAGUACUCUGAGAUUAGGGAAAUCUGGAGGGUUCAAGCUAGGUCAGGUUAACCACAGUUUAACAGUUCUUGAUGUUUAAACAAACCCACUGUCAUAGUCCGUGUAUGUAGGUGGCAGGGAAGUCAGGCGCAGGAGAAAACAGAGUGGUUAAAAAUUGAGUAUUUAUUUCCAAAACCAACGUAGAAAAAUAAUCUGGGUAAAACAAUAACCCGUCGCACACCGAUACAGAAACAACACGUACAUAACAAACAAACAAUCACCCACAGAGAAAUGAGGGGAAGCAGAGGGUUAAAUACACAACAUGUAAUUACUGGGAUAUGAAACAGGUGUGUAAAGAGACCAGACAAAACCAAUGGAAAAUGAAAAACUGAUCAAAGGCAGGUGACGUCGAUCGCCGAACACCACCCGAACAAGGAGGGGCAUCAACUUCGGUAGAAGUCGUGACACACACUGUCACGUCCUGACCAGCAGAGGGUGUUGUUAUGUCGUUUUUGGUCAGGACGUGGCAGAGUAUGUCUGUGUAUGUGUGUUCUGGGUGUUGUGUUUCUAUGUGGGUCUGUGUGGCUCCCGAUCAGGGACAGCUGGUUUUCGUUGUUCCUGAUUGGGAGUCAUAUAAUUAGGAGUAUGUUUGUCACUUGGGGUUGUGGGUGGUUGAGUUAACACUGCUAUUAGUUUUGUUCGUAAGUAGCCUGUUAGCCUGUCGUGAGUGUUUAUUGUUUUCUGUGUAUACCUUACUUAAUUAUAUUAAAAGAUGAGUAUCCACA